AUGGUGAUCUACUGUUUGGCGCUCUUCAUAGGGAUCAACACAAUGAUUAUGCGACUACUGAUCGACGUGUUUAAGUUGAUCGAAGUGUCGCCCACUUUCCAGUCCACGUUCGAGCGCAUAGCUAUGGUGUUCCCGCCGUACGCCCUCCUCAGCGGACUCGUCGACAUUCAUCGGAACCAAUUGUUUGCCGAUAUCUUCACUCUCUUCGAUCAGGACACUUACGUCAACCCAUUCUCGAUGCAACUCUUGGGCCCCUAUUAUAUCACACUCGCGGUCGAGGGUUUCGUACUGUUCUUCGCGAACCUAAUCUUCGAGUUGUUCUCGUUCUCCACGUAUAAGACGAAGACAAUCAUCAAAUCGAUUGUUCACAACGAGGACUCGGAUGUGGCCGAAGAGCGCAAGAAAGUGCACCUCAACGACACCAGCAGUGAUAUACUGAAGAUCGUUGGCGUCACCAAAGCUUUUCAAUCCAUGUUUGGUAAGCGAGUGGCCGUCGAUAACGUCAGCUUUUCGGUGCCGAGAGGAGAGUGUUUCGGUCUGUUGGGUGUGAACGGCGCCGGAAAGACCACUUUAUUCCGGAUACUGACCGGUCAAGAAUUCGGCUGGUGGCCAGUCCGCCUCUAGUUGCCUGCGCUAUAUGCGGUUUAGGACAGCAGUCUAGUAGUCAGGGAGCCGAUGACAGGUGUCCCUCUGCGAGACCUGAAACACGAGUGCGGAAUGCUUGACCUGACUAUUUAUGCAC